UUGGCUGGGGUCUCUGUCCACCGUUGCUUGGGGAAACCCACCCCUGCUUGGGGAGGCUCUCGGUGUUACCUGGGCCGGGUAGGCCCGAACGUGCCCUCGUCUCCUCCUCUCCAGCGGAGGUCGCGGCGUGGGCAGAUUGCUCCGUGCCGCCGCUGCUUCUGGGCUGGGGGCCAGACUCACCCGGGGACGGUUUGCCUCCGGCUUUGCUUGUCGCACCACACCCAUUGGAACCCGAACCCGAACCCGGACCAGAGCGGGCCCUUAGACUGCUCCCUCGCACUCGCUGCACCUUUGCUAGGGAUCAUCCUGACGUGAGAGGACCCCAGCGCAGUAUUGAGUGGCUGUUCAGGAACUGCAACGCCCCUACCAACAUUUGGCAUCAUUUCUCUCCAUAGACGAGGGGCUCCCUGUGUAACUGGAGAGGUGUUUCGUCAUCCGUAAGUUGGAGAUAAGUUGUACACCUGUCUCGGUUCUUGUGAGGAUUGAGAUGACCUGAGUGUGUAUGGCACGGAGUUGCUCAAUAAAUGUACAUUGUCUUCCACUGUUAAGAGCUGUAAAAAUGUCUGACAAGACCCAGAUCGCUGCGAGCGCUUCCCUUAUUGAGCAACUGAUAUCUGAAAGGAACUUUGAGGAUCUUGGCAACCACCUGACUGAGCUAGAAAUUCUUCACGUGACUAAGGAGCACCUCCAGCAGACAGAUGUGGUCAGGGCUGUGUACAGAGUCCUCAAAAACUGCCCCACCGUGCCUGUGAAAAAGAAAGCCAAGCGUCUUCUGUCAGAAUGGAAAGCUCUUUAUAAGGAUCCUCAUUUCAAACCAGGGGAGAGCCCUAAAUUAUUCCCUACAGGUGGACAUGAAGAAAAUGCAGGACUUGCUCAUGACGCAAGUCAGGAUGAGGUUUUGGGUGGCUCCAGUUCUAAUUCUUGGCUAUCGUCCCAAGAUGUUAUGGCAAAAGCCACGGAAAUGGUUGUGCCUGAAAAUAGCCCCCGUCCAGUGGGACCUAAGGAAGAGCACAUCAAGGCUGCUGACCCUCAGUCCGCGGACAAGAGACCAGAUGAGUCGCUGGAUCCUGCAGUGCCCAUGAGAACGAAAUGCACAGAACUUCUUUAUGAAGCUUUAACUAGUUCUUCCACACAUCAGCCUAAAGCUGAUUUGUGGCAAAACUUUGCAAGGGAAAUCGAAGAGCACAUUUUUACCCUUUAUUCAAAGAACCUCAAAAAAUAUAAAACUUGCAUCAGAAGCAAAGUUGCCAAUCUGAAGAACCCCCAAAAUUCUCACUUACAACAAAACUUGCUCUCCGGGGCCACGUCUCCAAGAGAAUUUGCCGAAAUGACUGUCAUGGAAAUGGCAAGCAAGGAACUGAAACAAUUGAGAGCCUCCUACACGGAAUCUGGCAUACAGGAACAUUAUCUUCCCCAGGUGACUGAAGGCACACAGACAAAGAAAAUAAAAUGCAGACGCUGUGAGAAGUUCAAUUGCAGGGUCACUGUAAUCGCCAGAGGAACACUUUUCCUUCCAAGUUGGGUGAGGAAUUCAAACCCCGAUGAAGAAAUGAUGACCUAUGUAAUCUGUAAUGAAUGUGGGGAGCAGUGGUACCAUAGCAAGUGGGUGUGCUUGUAAACAAAUAUUCUCUUAACAGCCGAUAACCAGACUGAUACCUUCUAUUUGUACCACCCUUUUAGGCUUGUUUUUAACAUCUUGUACACACUUUUUUUUCCCAUUAGUUUCAGGUGCACAAAACAAUGUAAUAGUUAGACAUUUAUCAUUUAUGUCCCUCACACAGUGACAACCCCCCUCCCCCCAUCGUCUACCCCUCUGA